AGUGCGUCGGUGUUGGUCGAUUCGCUAACACGCCCGCCGAUUUGUUAACGGUUACAUCAUUCGUCUCAGUGUUCGUCGCGUAGCAUCUGCCGCACAGAGUAUUUGCCACUACCUACCCGGUGGUACUACCUAGGCAUCAUCCUCCCGUCGUGCGUACGCUUGCGCUCCGGAGUGCGUGUCCAUUGAGAGAGAGAACAGCCACCGCUGCUGCUGCUGCCGAUCGAUACUCGGGGACCUUAUGACGUAAGUGAGCAACACGGUCGUCGUGUGUGUGUGUGUGUGUGUGUGUGUGCGUGAAUGACAAGCAAGAUUUAUCAGAAACGGAAAAGAAAAAUUUUAUACGAUCGUGUGUUGGUGUUGUAUAGUGCGAAAUAUUCCUGAAAGGACUCGGCGAUUGUUUUUUCAGGUUGGUAUGUUUACGGCCGUCGGGCAACGGUAUUCUGUAUCGGCAAUGGUUUGAAGAUCCGCUUUUGGAUUUUGUCGUCAAGACCGACGAUAGGUCACAGUGACGGUAAACCGUCUGUCGUAGUAAAUCGCGGCCAUAAGUCACCAUGCGGACGGCGAUACGACGGUAUGACGGUAUGGCCGAGCGCGACACGUCCAUGGGCUGACGAUGACAGCCUUGCCGGCGCACGGGACGCAGAUAGCACCGUCGUUGUGCCGGGUGGUGGCGCUUAGUGUCGUAUGCUGGUGUUGGAUACUGCACAGAAUGGCGUCUGACAUGCCGGAUCUGUCGCACCUGACUCCCGAAGAACGAGAGAUCAUCGAGUCGGUGGUGCACAGACAAAAACAAGAAGAACAGAAGGAACAGGAAAUUAUGAGGCGAAAACAAGAAGAGGUUAUCUUGUUGGAGGAAAAAAUUCGACAGCGCAGCGAGCAGCAGAAAAAAGCUGGGGUUGAAUUGGACGCAACUUGUCACAUAUGCCUGAAGACCAAGUUUGCCGAUGGUGUAGGACACUUGUGUAACUAUUGUGGUAUCAGAUGUUGUGCCAGGUGCGGUGGCAAGGUUACUCUGCGUUCGAGUAAAGUAAUAUGGGUUUGCAUAUUGUGUCGGAAAAAACAAGAGCUUCUCAGUAAGUCGGGGGAAUGGAUUAACCAUGGCAUGACCGUGGGAAGUGAUCCGUCUAGACGAAUUGAUGGAACAUCCCCGUGUUUAAUGUCAGAUAAAAGGCCUAAAUUAGAAAGAGCACACAGUGCCGUGGAAAAAGAAAAUGUACCACUUUUACAGCGGUCGAAUAGUCAGCUCAGGCGUCAAUAUUCCCAACAAGAGCCGUCCAGUAGGAAGGAGCAGGAACACAGUUUUUCUGGAUCCCACGAUGAAUACUUCCGCCCGUCUCGCGAAGAUUACUAUCGUGGCGGACAAUUGGAAGGAAUGCACAGAAACGGAUCGAACCAAUCAUCAAGGGUUCAUCAUACACCACACCAGUUUGGACCAGCGGACAAGCAGAUGGGAGGUCGAGUUACCGGUGCUAAUGUGCCACGUAAGCACAAAAGGCUCGGCAAUACGGUACCCGCUGAACGUCUACACACGCAUCAGCAGCAUAUUAGCUUUUCGAGUUCGGAAGAAGAGCUGCGGUCUACAUCCGAGUGCACCAGCUGUGACGAACACGAAAGUGAAAAAGCGAUUUGCCGUAAGAUGGGCACGAUUAACUGUUCGAGACGUAAGAAAACAGUGAGGUUUGAUUACCGACAUCAUCAACCAGCUCCGCAAACGUCUAAAGAUUCUGGCUUUGAUACCAGCAGCUCGAUAUUCACGUCAAACGAAGAUCCGUUGUACUUCAGUGAAGCAAAGCAACCAAUGUCGUGGCAAAGGAGCCCCGAUAACAAGUUCUUGAUAGGUCAUAUGGUGCUUAACAAGUCUGUGUGGGAGACUCCAGUUAGUCCGUCUUCCAGUGCUGCCGCCAUGUUGGGUCUGAAAAUCACCGGCGGAAAACUUCUGUCGGCUACCGGAAGGAGAUGUGCGAUUAUCGAUCGUGUCCGAAAAGGCAGCACGGCUGAUAUGGAGGGAAAUUUAAAACCGGGGGAUGAAGUUUUGGAAUGGAAUGGUUGUUUAUUGCAAGGAAAAACUCAUAAGGAAGUAGCAGACAUAAUUGCCGAAUCAAAACAUUUACCUCAAAUAGAACUCAAGGUUUCCAGGUCUAUUUUACCUAGGAGGGCGAGUUAUGGGACGCCUCCUAAAGCUACAAGUACUUCAACGGGACUUUAUGAUUUGCGCAAAGAUAAGCCGUAUGUUAUGAUAACGUCACCGGGUAGUCCUGAGCAUUUAGCUUCACAUCCAGCGCGAAUUUUGAGGUCUUCCAAAAGUGUCUCUGGACCAAAUAGUUUACAUGUCGGUGGAAAAAUACAGGUCAAGUUAGGAUUUGAUCAGCAAUCAUUAAAAUUGGUUGUAACCAUAAUGGCUGCUUCAAAUCUUUUAUCGCGGCCUGAUGGUUCACCUAGGUCAGCAUAUGCUAAAGUGUGCCUUUUACCCGAUACUAGUGAAAAAUCAAAACGGAGAACUAAAACUAUAAUGAAUUCCAUUGAUCCUAAAUGGAAUCAAAGUUUUUCAUUUACCACUAUGAGAAGAUCUGAUUUAAAAUUUAAAGUUCUUCAGAUUUCACUUUGGGAUUAUGAUAAUAAUCCUACGAAUCAAUUUCUUGGAGAGGUGUUAAUUGAACUAGGUUUGAAAAAACUCGACAAUUUAGCUGAGUGGUAUUUGUUGACGGCUCAUCAAGAAAUAACAGGCGAAGGCGGAGUUUCAAUAGGAGAUUAUGAUAUGGACUAUGGGGAGCAUUUAUCUCCACCUUCAACUUUAUCAAGACAAUCUGAUUCUGAUGCCUCGGAUGUUGAUGAUUGUUGUAGUGGAAGAAGAGUCGGGGCUGACGGUGCAUCAAUAAGUAGUCUAGGUAGCUCGAUAAGCCCUCCACCUGAUUACGAUCAUUUAGAUCGAAGAAAAAGUCGUAGGGAUAAUAUGUCUCCUGCACUUCAAAAAUCGUAUGUUUACGGUACAAACACUGAAAAAAAAUAUGGCUAUGAAAUGGGCAUGAAGCAACAGUCUAUUUCAAAUCGAUCUAUAACUAACAUUAGUCAUCGAUCGAGAUCUGCUGCUCCGACUGAUUCUCCAAGCCAACAUACCAGAUCACGAUCAAAAAGUCCAACCAUAAUAUGUGAUAGAAGAAGUUUAUCUCCACCAGAUUAUAGGUACCCUGGUGGUGUUCCAAGCUAUAGACAAGGAACGACAAGGUUUUUGGCUAGAUCAGCCACCACUACGCCUACUUCAACGCCUAAAAAGCGGCAACUUCCUCAAAUUCCAGGGACCAUGCCUUCUUCCUUAGAUGAACGAAUACCAUAUUAUUUUGAUGAUCAGACUUCAUCUAUGAGAAGAAGAAUGAGACAAAUGCAACCAAGAAGAAUGCAGGGUAGAUCUGGGGGCUUCGGUAGAUUACACCAUUAUGGUGGUCUGAGUGAUAGUGAUAUUCCUUUACAACAAAUGCGAUCUCUCACUCCACCACACGUUAGAGGAUCUCUGAUGUCUAGAGGGGAGACAGGAGAUAUAUGUGAUAUCGACGACAGUGAUAGUGUUAUUAGUAGUGCUUUAUCUACACAAUCUGAACAACCUAGAUCUACGAGAUUUUGCUGCUGCAACGCUACAGACUACCGCUACCCAACAGUGACCCAUUCCCUUAGCUGUAGUUAUAGUCAAAGUAGUAGCAAGCGUGCUAGUGUGUUUUUAUAUCGUUAUAAUUCAGUUCCUGUUGAUUCUUUCUUACUUCACCCAAUAGAUAAUAGACCUGUUUUAUCUGAAAAUUCGCCAACAGAGAAUCCUAAGCCUAUAAAAAAAACUCGUUUCAAUUUAGACCACGAUUCAAAUAAUAAAUACCUUAUUUACGAUUCUGAUGGUGGGUUAGAUUUAAUAGGAUUCCAGUCACCAACUGAAAAGUAUAAAGAUCAUAGGAAAAGAAAUCUAACUUUAGAUUUAGGAAAAUCUAUGGUAGAAGUAGCGGGUAGUUAUAGUAGCGUUGCCGUAGCAUAUAGUAAUGCUUUAACCAAUCCUUUAAAUGCUGUUGUCCAUGGCAGUGAUUAUGGAUCGUCACAAAGUAGAUCUGGAUCACAACAAUCACCAGUUAUGGUUCCUUCUAAUGAUAAUAAAAGGGCUCAAUUUUCAAGAAGCUUAUCAAAUGCUGAUGUACAAACAGAUAACAUUACCGACUCUGGUAGUACAGGAAAACGUAGAGGUGACUCGUCUUCCUUAACUGAGAGUGGAAGUAAAAGCUCAGCUUCCGGGAUUAACUCUUCUGCAUCUGGAAUGGGCAAAAAAAGUGCAUCUGCUUCACAGUUAUCAGCAACCGGUCGCAAGCGUAGGUUAGGUUUCGGUUCGAAAGGAAAAUCUUCAUUUACGGUGCACAGAAGCGAAGAAGUACUGCCUGGGGCGAGUCGCUCCCUCAUCAAACAGCCGUCCAGCGUUUCUAGUGACGGUGAUGUGUCCCAAGAUGGAGAAAGUGCCGGACAGUCUACCGAGGGCGAAGUGACCACGUUCAUUGGUAAACUAGGUCCUGGUCAAAAAGUUAGUCGUCAAAUUUUGGGAACUCCAUAUCGGGGAGAUGUGAAAAUUGGCUUUAAUUUCUUUGUUAAUUUCAUGGAAGUGACUGUCUUUGAAGCAAAGGAUCUUAUAAAUGUCAAAGAGACUAAAACUAAGCUUCCAGAUACGUAUGUAAAAGUUUAUUUAGUAAAAGGAAAGAAAUGUGUAGAAAAACAUCGUACAAAAACAAUAAAAGAGAGUUUACAACCAAAGUAUAUGGAGGUUUUAAAAUUUAAGAGUUCUCCUGCUAGCUGUUUAAUUCAGGUGUCAGUUUGGGGUGAUUAUGGACGAGAAAAAGGUAGAAAAGUAUUUAUGGGCGUAGCCGUGAUAUAUAUGGAUAGCAUAUCAACAAGUCCUGGGUCAUCGUUAACGGAAUGGUACAGGCUGUUUGGAUCAUCGUCACUGUGAGUUUGUCGCUUCAUUGGGUUUCUUCUUUACUGGUUGCAUGCAAACAGAUUUUUGUUUUGUUUUUACUCAUCAUGAUGGUUAUAACAGCAAAUUAUGUAUCGGAGUAUUUUUUAACGCAGCUCUAAAUUUAUUUAUUUUAUAAGCUAUAAAAUAAUAUAUUCUAAAAUAUUAUUUGUAUAAAGGUAAAGACAUUUGAAUAAAAUAUUUAUUGUAUAUAUGCUA